AUGGCUCAACCGAAUACAAUCAGCAUUUGUCAAUUGAACUGCAACGGUAUCCAAGCUGGCAUGGAAACAAUUACAAGACUUCUAGCCAUUCUUCAUCGUUAUAAUUUCGAAAUCAAACCGGUAAAUUUUCAUCCGGGAUGUAUACUUUAUGUCUGUAUUCAUCGUGGAUUAGGUGUCGAUCCGAAUCCACUUAAUCAAGAAAUGAUGAUUCACAACACCCCCGUCGGAAAAAAACAGCUUUACACUAUUCAAUGGACAUUCGCUUAA